CUUGUUUUCCAGCUGGCAAUGGGAUGAUGAUAGCCAUAUGGGGAGGAAAUACACCAGCCCCACUACAGGCCAUGCACUUUGGGAGUAGGAUCGGGUCGUUAGUAGCGCCUGCUCUGGCGUAUCCUUUCCUCAGCGCUACCCGUGGGGAAGCUCUCUACGCAAAUGCAACCAUACCUAACAACACCGAGACGACUGAAUUCACAUUUACAUCCAACAUCGAGGUACCAUAUGUGAUAUGUGGAGGAUUAGGCGUAUUUGCAUCACUUGGGUAUUUGGUGGUGUAUUUAGCACCACGGCCCCAAGGACUGGUAUUCACCAAUGUACCUAAAGGAAGGAAUUUAAAGGAAUUGUUACAUCCGGGUUCUUUCACCAAUGGGAAUGCGAGAUACGGUGUAAUCUUGAUGACGUGUAUAUUCUUGUACUUCUCAGUUAACGGGGCAUGUAGUUCACAUUUUCAAUUACUACAAGCUUCAAUAGCCACCGAGACCUUAAAUGCGACAAAACAGGAGGCUUCACUCAUGCAGUUUGCCGCAAGAGGAUCUGCGAUUUUAGGAAAUUUCAUAAUAAUUCCAGUCUCAAAGUUUGCUCCAAUGCCGUUUAUCGUGUUCGUACAAUGCCAUGCUAUCGCCAUAAUCAACAUAACAGCGGUUGCACUGGCUUUAAAGAGUCGUAUGAAUUUUGCGGUUCUCGGCUGCGUCUUUGAUUUCUUCUUUGCCUCAAUAUGGGCGUCUGGGAUGGCAUGGCCGGAGAUGUAUAUUGAUGUGACUGGUUCAGCCAUUAUGAUAUGGAACAUUGGGUGUGGCCUGGGAAACGCUAUAAUGGAAUGGGGUAGUGGUUACAUAUUGCAGUAUCAUGGGGCGCAGUCAGUGAUGUGGCUCUGCGCAGCGUUUGCUAUUUCCUUGUGUUUGCUGAUAUACGUCACACAAUGUGUGAUGUCUUACCAUGGACCAAAGAAAAGACAUCUUGUCCCUACAAACAUUAAUUAAUAAUGAAUCAAUG